AUGAACGGUUCGGUGGACAACUGGUAUGACUGUCUCCACGACGACGGGUCUUUCAUGUUCACCUCUGAGUCUGUGGGAGAAGGACAUCCAGACAAGAUCUGUGACCAGAUCAGUGAUGCGGUGCUAGAUGCUCACCUGAAACAGGACCCUGAUGCCAAGGUGGCAUGCGAGACGGUGUGUAAGACCGGCAUGGUGCUGCUGUGUGGGGAGAUCACGUCCCGGGCUGUCGUCGACUACCAGAAGGUGGUGAGAGACACCAUCAAGCACAUCGGCUACGACAACUCGGACAAAGGAUUUGACUACAAGACCUGCAAUGUGCUGGUGGCCCUGGAGCAGCAGUCCCCUGACAUCGCUCAGGGGGUCCACAUUGACCGGCACGAGGAGGACAUCGGGGCUGGGGACCAGGGCCUGAUGUUUGGCUAUGCCACAGACGAGACAGAGGAAUGCAUGCCGCUCACCAUCAUCCUGGCACACAAGCUCAAUGCCAAGAUGGCCGAACUCAGGCGCAACGGCACCAUCCCCUGGCUCCGCCCAGACUCCAAGACCCAGGUGACAGUGCACUACGCCCAGGAGAAUGGUGCGGUGAUCCCCACGCGGGUGCACACGGUGGUAAUAUCAGUGCAGCAUGACGAUUAUGUGUCGCUGGAGGAGCAGAAGAAGAUCUUGAAGGAGAAGGUCAUCAAGGCCGUGGUGCCAGCCAAGUACCUGGAUGAGAACACCGUCUACCACCUGCAGCCCAGCGGCCGCUUCGUCAUCGGAGGACCCCAGGGUGACGCGGGCGUGACGGGCAGGAAGAUCAUCGUGGACACGUAUGGCGGCUGGGGAGCCCAUGGGGGCGGGGCCUUUUCCGGGAAGGACUACACCAAGGUGGACCGUUCGGCCGCCUACGCUGCCCGCUGGGUGGCCAAGUCGCUGGUCAAAGCCAAGCUGUGCAGGAGGGUGCUGGUACAGGUGGCUUAUGCGAUCGGAGUGGCUCACCCGUUGUCCAUCUCCCUUUUCACCUACGGCUCCUCCCAGAAAAAUGAAAAAGAGCUCCUGCAGAUCGUCAACAAGAACUUUGACCUCCGGCCCGGAGUCAUUGUCAGGGACCUGGACCUCAAGAGACCAAUCUACCAGAACACGGCCUGCUACGGCCAUUUCGGCAGGAAGGAGUUCCCUUGGGAGGUGGCCAAGAACCUCAACUACUAG